AAUUCGCAAGACUUCCGGGUACGGUUGAGAAACAGACCAGUCUGGGGUUUGGGGUUUGAGAAGUUAAUGAUAUAAAUUAAAUAUUAUUCCUUAGCUGGUAAUUUUCUCAAAAUCUAAAGAUACAACCUAGAUUAGAUCCGAUGUCUUAAGUAGUUGGGCAUGUUAGUACUCCAAGCUCGUGAAAGUGACAAACUGAAACGUUUUCAUUUUGGUCAAAAACAACGUUAUAUCGACGGAGUGCCGUUGAUUUGACGACCUGCACAUGCGUAGUUCGGCACGAGACGACCGUUGUUGACCAUGGCCUGUUUCUACGCAUGAGUUUAGUGAGCCAACGUCGCCUACAAGUGUGCUCUGGGAUUUAUACUGAAGAAGCAGUUUUAGCCUAUCUCCAUAGUGUACUGUCUUUGAUACGGUCAUUGCUUUUUACGACUUGACUGACUUGACUGAAGAGGAUAACAUUGCCCUCGUAGAACAGCUUCACACCGUGGGAUCAGUCCAGCGAAGAGGGCAGAAAAGUGCGUGGCAUCCUCUUCGGGUCUUCAACUGCCAUUAACGGAAUAAAAACUGCCAUUGUAUCUUGUUUUGCUUUUAACAGACGUGAUGAGUGGCAGGGUUGGCGACCUAAGUCCGAAGCAGGCUGAGGCAUUGGAGGAGUUUCGAGAGAGGAUUCAGGAUGUUCUUCCACUACUUCCUGCUCAGCAUGACCACUUCCUGUUGCGCUGGCUCAGAGCCAGGAACUUCAAUGUCAAUAAGUCAGAAGCCAUGCUUCGAAAGCACCUUGACUUCAGGAAACACAUGAAAGCAGACACAAUCACCACAGAAUGGCAGCCUCCAGAGGUUAUUGAGAAGUACCUGUCUGGUGGGAUGUGCGGGUUCGACCGGGAGGGAAGCCCCAUCUGGUGGGAUGUCAUCGGCCCUGUGGACCCCAAGGGCCUCUUCCUGUCUGCCUCUAAACAGGACUUCAUCAAGUCUAAGAUCAGAGACUGUGAGAUGCUGCAGAAGGAGUGUGACCUGCAGUCUGAGAGGCUCGGGAGGCAUGUGGAAGCCAUCACUAUGAUCUAUGACUGUGAGGGGCUGGGUCUCAAACAUUUGUGGAAGCCUGCCAUCGAGACUUACGGAGAGAUCCUGACCAUGUUUGAGGACAACUACCCUGAGGGCCUCAAGAGACUAUUUGUCAUUAAAGCCCCCAAGCUCUUCCCCGUGGCCUACAACCUCGUCAAGCACUUCCUUAGUGAGAUCACCCGCAACAAGAUCAUUGUCCUGGGUGGCAACUGGCAGGAGGUGUUGCUGAACUACAUAGACCCAGAGCAGCUUCCUGCUGCGUACGGAGGGAAACUCACCGACCCGGACGGGGACUCUCGCUGUAGGACCAAGAUCCACUAUGCUGGGACAGUGCCUACGUCCUACUAUGUUCGUGAGUCAGUGAAGGUGGACUAUGAACAGUGUCUAACAGUCAGCCGUGGCUCCUCACAGCAGCUAGAAUAUGAGAUCCUCUUCCCUGGCUGUGUGCUCAGGUGGCAGUUUUCUAGUGAUGGGGCAGACAUCGGCUUUGGGGUGUUUAUGAAGGGGAAGAUAGGAGAGAGGCAGAAUGCAGGGCAGAUGCAGGAGGUGGUUCCCAGCCAGAGAUACAACGCACACCUGGUGCCCGAAGACGGCUCUCUCACCUGCAGCGAGCCUGGGGUCUAUGUGCUGCGGUUCGACAACACCUACAGUAUCUUCCAGUCCAAACGCAUCAGCUUCACCGUCGAGGUCUUGCUCCCAGGCCAAUCUCAGUCUCCGAAAAAACGGGCUGGCUCACAAGUGGAGGCCAGCAACCAAUCGCAGUCUCCGAAUAACCAGGGUGGGUCAGAAUCUGGGGCCAGCAGCUAAUUGUGACAGACGUUACUGAGCUAGAGCUAGUCUCAGCCCCGGCCAUGGUCAGUGAAGUCAGACCUGAAACCACUGAAAUAGACUCCAAUGAUCAGCACUGAGGUACUUCAUCUGACAAUGGGCCAUUGUGCUGCUCACGAAUGAAGGUAUGUAGCUCUGGUCCAGUGCAUUACAUGCAGCUUGCUGAUGCUGAGACUUCUACAUCUGCAAGCCACACGCAAUGCUCUGGGCCAGAGCUAGAAUGUACAAUGAAGAGAAACAAGUCCACAACUCAGGGUUCCUGGAGUAGAGGAGAUGUAUUCAAACACAGACUGAAACAACUGGUUUACUUUCUACAAUAAGUAUAUGGCUUUUAAAAAUCUAUUUUAUUUUAAAGACCAGGAAGUAUAUUAUAUCUGAAUGUCAUUGAUGGUCCAGGGUGUAUUAUUUUGCAAUGCUGAGAGCAGAGCAGCAAGACCUCAGGAGAUAUUUAUUUUGUCAACACUCCUCUAUAUAACCAUCUGUUCAAGUACAAUCCCUUUUCCGUGGCAACAACGCAUUAUGGGCAUCACCCUGUCUUUCUCUCUCUCAAGCACUGGGUGAAUUUCAAGGUUUUUCCCUUGAUUUCUCAUGUCCUUGAUUCCUCACCUUCUUCUCAAAAGGCAAGGAAUAAGGAAAUACUUUUGAGAUGUACCCUCUCGCUCUCAAUCUUUCUUCUUUCUGUCAUGAUUUAUGUCAUGACAAAAUUAGGCCAUUUUGAGUAUGCCUUUACUUUUCAAAAUCAACACAGUUCUGUUCAAAUGAAUAUGUUGACAUACUGGUAGUUUUAUUUUCAGGGAAAACAAAUCUAUAUUUUGUCUUUUCAUUGUUAGAACAUAAAAGGCAAGAAAUCUUUGAGAAUGCUAAUAUCCACUGUCCAAAAUCUGUAUCAUUAAGCAUUAUUGCAGUAGAAUGACAUUCCAUUUUGUUGUGUAAUCUUCACCACCAGUGUUUUCCUGUAUAGGGUUGCAAUUUGCAAAAUUCCAGUAACUUUCCCCAAAUUCCCAGGAUUUCCAGAAAUCCUGGUUAGUGGUCUGGAUUUCCUGCUUAUUCCCUCCUGAUUCCGGGAAUUCUCCAACUGAGAAAUCCAGAAAACCUAGGAAUUUUGGGCAAAUUACCGGAAUUUUGCAAACCUUUUCAUGUAUAUCUAUAUGUAACAACAAAAGACAUACAUGGUGUAAAUGCUUGCCUUAAAUACGUCAGUGUGUUUAAAGAAUGUGCAGCACUCAAUGAACUGGCCCUUAUGGGCAGUUGAAACACUCAAAAAGCUCUAUUAUAUGUCAUCUGUAAACUGUACUUAUUGAUUGAAGUCGUCUUCUGCCAGCAUCUGGAUAAAGUAUUUUGCACAGUGAAAAUCAUGGAAUGUAGAUAGCUAUUAUAGCCUUAUUCGACGUUGGUUUGUGCUCACUGUUCAAUAGAUAAUUUAUGUUACCUUUAUGUAUUUUAGUAAUGAGUAGGGGGAACAGUACCCACUCCGAAACAUUUAAAUUAUCUUUUUGUGAACAUUUGUCAAUCUUUUCUUUAGUUAAAAUUGGAAACAUGUCAUUUAUUUUUGUAGAAUUCAUGUAGUCAGUGCAUAUCUAAUGUAACAGAAACCAAUCUGAGCUGUUCCAAUCUAUUGGGAAAAUAAUAUACAUGUUUGAAUCAACUUGAA